AGUGCACGUGAUGGCAGUGACGACCAAUCAGAGCGCGGGGCCUGGCGGCGCCGCGGAGCCAGGACGGACCGAGCCGGGGAACCGGGACCGACAGGAACAGGGACCGAGCCGGAAAAACGGGGACCCAGCUGGGAGAACCGGGACCCAGCCGGGGGAACUGCGACCGACAGGAAAAGGGACCAAACCGGGGUAACCGGGACCGAGCCGGGAGAACCGGGACCGAGCCGGGGGAACCAGGACCGACAGGAACAGGGACCAAGCCGGGGGAACCGGGACCGAGCCGGGGAACCGGGUCCGAGCCGGGGGAAUUGGGACCGGUACCGGGACACGGACAGACCAUCGCUGCCGGCAUCGGGAUCCACCGAUACAGGGACAGCGACCAACUGCCCCCAUCUGCACCGGGACCGACUGGGACAGACCGGGACCAACCGUUCCCAUCGGGAUCGAUCGGCACCGGAACCGGGGCGGCAUCGAUCCGGUCAGAAACAGCGACCGCCCGCUCUCACCGGGGUGUAGCGGCCACCGGGACCGGCCGUGUCUGGCCCCGCCCCUUUAACCGUGGCCCCGCCCUCGCCAUGUCCCACGCGGUGCUGCUGCUGCGACGGCUCCGGGAGCGGCACCGGCACCGGGCACAGAAGCGAGACAGCGACGAGGAACAGGACUGGGAGCGGGAGCAGGACUGUGAGAGGGACCGGGAGCAGCACCGGGACCGGGAUGAACUCCAUGAACGGGACCGGGAUGAACCCCACGAACGGGCCCGCGAUCAGUGCCGCGCUCAUGACCGGCACCCCACACCCCCCCCGCCAUCCCGGAUCUCCCUCCCCGCUCCCCUAUCCCCGGUCCCCCGCCGCGGCCGCCGCCGCCGCCGCCCGUACCCGGCACAGCGCAUUUACCGGGUGCGCUGCUCCUUCCUGGAGCUGAGCGACGAGCAGGCGCUGCGGCGCUGCCGCCUGGACCGGGCGGCCAUCGCGGCGCUGUGCCGGGAGCUCGGUGCGGACCUGCAGAGCCUCACGGGCCGCAGCCACGCUCUGCCCGUGGCCGUCAAGGUCACCUCGGCCUUGGCCUUCCUGGCCUCGGGCUCCUUCCAGACGGCGUCGCGCCUCAGCACCGGCAUCAGUCAGUCGGCCAUGUCCAACUGCCUGGCGCAGUUCCUGGCGGCCUUGCAGCGGCGGGCGGCCCGGUACAUCGCCUUCCCGCCGCCGCCCGAGCCCCCCGGGGACCCCCCGGCGCUGCCCGGGGUGUUGGGCCUGGUGGGCGCCAUGCACGUGGCGCUGAGGGCUCCGGCCGACAACGAGCCCUUGUUCCGCAACGCCGCCAACUUCCACUCCAUCAACAUGCAGGUGGUGUGCGACCGCCGCGGGCACAUCACCAACGUGGUGGCCAAGUUCCCCGGGUCGUGUGCCAACGCCACCGUGCUGGAGAACUCGGCCCUGGCGCGGCUGAUGGAGGGGAGCAGGCCCGAGGGGGUCUGGCUGCUGGGUGACGGCUCGUACCCGCUGAAGCCGUGGCUGCUGACGCCCAUCGCGGGCCCGCGGGGCGCGGCCGAGCUGCGCUACAACGCGCUGCACUCGCGCACGCUGGCCCCGCUGCGCCGCACGCUGGGGCUGCUGCGCCGCCGCUUCCGCUGCCUGGCGGGCGGGGGGCUCCAGUACAGCCCCCCCAAGGUCUGCCAGAUCUUCCUGGCCUGCUGCAUCCUGCACAACAUCGCCCUGCGACGCCGCGUCCCCCUGGAGCCCCCCGAGGGGCUCCCGCCCGCCCCCGGGCACCCCGAGCCCCCCCCGCAGCCGCCGCCGCCCCCCGGGCCGGGGGCUCGAGAGGGGCGGGCGGUGAGGGCCAGGGUGGUGCAGCAGGGGGUCCUGAGCCCUGAUUUUGGGGGGCUCUGGGUCCUAGGGAGGGGCUGA